GAGAGAGAGAGAGGAGCUAAAGCUUAAAGUAAAACCCUUCCCCUAAACCCUAGAGAGAGAAAAACCCUAGCAACUCUCUCUCUCUCUCUCUCUACCUCACCCACCUCCAAUGGCGUCCUACGCCCCUUCUCCUCCUCCUCCCUCCUCUCUCCACCUCUCUUCACCUACUCGCUCGAUCUCCUCCUCUUCUUCUUCGUCUUCUUCCUCGGGAGCUCUCCUCCUCUUCCCGUGUGGGCUCUCUCCGGCGAGGAGCAGAAGCGAAUCUCGGAGUCGGCGCUGGGGCAGUGUCGCAGUGCAAUGCUCCUUCUCCUCCUCCCCCUUCGUGCCCGUGGAUUCGGCGCGGAUUAAGGUGGUCGGCGUCGGCGGCGGCGGCAACAAUGCGGUCAAUCGCAUGAUCGGGAGCGGCCUCCAGGUUAGGGGAGUUGACUUUUAUGCGGUAAACACGGAUUCCCAGGCACUGCUGAAUUCACAAGCAAAACAUCCAAUACAAAUUGGAGAGCUUCUAACUCGCGGACUAGGUACUGGUGGAAACCCUCUUCUAGGUGAGCAGGCAGCGGAGGAAUCUAAGGAAGCUAUUGCGAAUGCGCUGAAGGAUUCAGAUCUCGUCUUUAUCACAGCCGGCAUGGGAGGAGGCACAGGUUCUGGUGCUGCUCCGGUUGUUGCGCAGAUAUCAAAGGAGGCCGGUUAUCUCACUGUUGGUGUGGUUACUUAUCCCUUCAGCUUCGAAGGUCGUAAGCGAUCUUUACAGGCAUUAGAAGCAAUUGAGAAGUUGCAAAAGAGCGUCGACACUCUUAUCGUAAUUCCCAACGAUCGAUUGUUGGAUAUCGUCGAUGAGCACACUCCUCUUCAGGAUGCCUUCCUCCUCGCUGAUGACGUUCUCCGCCAGGGCGUCCAAGGAAUUUCCGACAUCAUCACAAUACCAGGACUAGUGAAUGUCGAUUUUGCUGACGUGAAAGCCGUUAUGAAGAACUCAGGAACCGCCAUGCUCGGCGUCGGCGUCUCUUCCAGCAAGAACCGCGCCCAGGAAGCGGCCGAACAAGCGACUCUUGCACCUUUGAUUGGAUCGUCCAUUGAGUCGGCCACGGGAGUCGUGUACAAUAUAACUGGGGGGAAAGAUAUCACCUUGCAAGAAGUGAACAAAGUCUCUCAGGUGGUGACGAGCCUCGCGGAUCCUUCUGCGAACAUUAUAUUCGGGGCGGUCGUGGACGACCGCUACAGCGGUGAGAUCCACGUGACGAUCAUUGCAACGGGCUUCUCGCAGUCGUUCCAGAAGACCCUCUUGACUGACCCAAAGGCAGCCAAGGUAGCCGAAGCCCAAGAAGGCAGAGGCGGGAAUUCACCGCUCAAGACGGCCUCACCCUCAGCCCCAUCGCCUGUCGCUUCGAGGGCUCGGAGGAUGUUCUUCUAAUCCAGUCAUUAUCCUCUUUUGCUCAAUCAGGCAUCUGAAGUUGUUAUUUGUUUGUUUUUCCAUGUACACACAGAUUCACACCUCUCUCUCUCUCUUUCUCUCUCUCUCUCUCUCUCUCUCCCUCCCUAGAUGUAGUUAUCUGUUUCCUACACUUGGGAGUAGAAGUAAAAGAUGAAAAGAACCAUGUUGUUUCCACAAUAUUUGCAAGUGUUGUUAUUUUGUUUGCUUUCCCAUCUAUUUGAUGCAAUAACAAUUGAGAAACACUCUUGUGUUCUUGAGUUUGAUCUA